ACUGUGUAUUUUACGUUGACGCUAGUACUGUGAACAUCUACAAUUGUGGUUUAAAGUUGUGACAGUGUACAAAAACCAAGGGACAAUAUCGAAGAUGGCAACUAACAGCGUUGACGUGGAAGCAAUGUACGAACGAGUCAAGGACUUGAAACGCGAAGAUAUCAAAAUACUGCAAGAAUGGCUGAAAAUGCAACCUCAUCUACCGGAAAUUACUGAACUGCAACUAAUUCUGUUCCUGCACAGCUGUUAUUAUAGCAUAGAAGCAACGAAGAAAUGCAUCGAUUACUUCUACACAGCCCGGACGCAUUGCCCUGAAUUUUUCAAGGAUCGAGAUCCCCGCAAAUACGUCAAAAAAUACGAGAACUUUUGCAAUGCACCUUUACCGAAGCUCAGCCCGGAGGGAUAUGGUAUAAUGUAUACGUCAAUAAUAAACACUGAUCCAGCCUAUUACGAUUACGAGUUCCAAACCAAAACCAGCGACAUGGCGAUGAACCUGUGGUUGCAACAGGUCGGAUGCUUGGAAGGACACGUAAUCAUCUUGGAUUACGCGGGCAGUACUUUCGCGCAUCUCACCAAAACAAACUUAACGGCGAUCAAGAAGAGUUUGCAAUACUUUCAAGAGGGCUUUCCGUUUCGCUUAAAGGCUCUGCAUUUCUGCAAUCCUCCGCCAUUUUUGGAUAGCCUUAUUAACUUACUAAAACCUAUCAUAAGCAAAGAGUUAUUUAAUAUGAUACACGUUCAUCAAAGAAAUGACUUAACGAAGAGUAUACCAGCUGAUUGUCUUCCAGAUGCCGUGGGUGGUACCUUAUCUAAGAAAGAAAUCCAUGCUAAUGUCAUUAAAAAUCUGCUAGAAAAUGCGGAUUAUUUCGUCGAAGAUGAAAAGAAAUGCAGCGAUGAGAGCAAAAGACCUGGAAAACCGAAGAACGCUAGCGAUUUAUUCGGAGUGGAGGGAACAUUCAAAAAGCUUGAUAUUGAUUAAAGAAUGAAUACAAAUUAUUAUACAUUAGAAUAACAAUUUAUAAUAAUAACAAUUAAAUCGAUUAUAGGAAAUGUUAAUA